GAAGUCUACAUGUCAAAUUUAUAAAGUCAAAAAGCCGGGCAAAUUUUAGUUUAUAAAUUUUUGUUUAAAAAUUAUUAGUGCUUUUUGUUUAUAAAUUAUUGUAAAAUCAUUUCAAAAUGGUUCAGUUUGAAGAGCCGAUAAAAACUGAGAAAGAGACGCGACCACGGAAGAAAACAGCAUAUGUCAUAAAGAAACCGGAUUUGGAAGCUCUAAAGAAGAAAUCACAAUUAUGGUGGGGAAAAGAAAGUAUUCAAUAUGCAUUCAACAUUCCACAAGUGAGAACGGUGUUGGAGAAACUGAUGGGUACCCACUACGUCAGCCUGACGGAUCGAAACUACAUGCAAAAACUCCAAGAAAGAAUAUUAGAAGAUUACGAGGAACAAAUGCUAAAGAGGAUUUCAGUCAGAGAGGAAGAAGAAAUGGAAAGAGUGAAAAAUCUGGUUCUUAUAGGAAAGAUACCGUUAGAUCAAGCACCUCCUGAGAUGGCUCGCCAUCCCAUCAUGCUGAUAGAAAACUAUUGCAAUCAGCUGAUUGCCGAAAGGAGAGCGAAGAUCAAAAUCUACAAAGUCAAGAUUCCGACGUUCUUGUACUGGGAUGAUACUCCUGAUCCUCCAUCUGGAUUGUCCAUAGAAUCUGGUCACAUUUUCAGACAUCAAGGAGAGAAGUUGUGCCACCCAGUGGAACGUCACCUAGGUUCGACGGAAGAUGGUACAGAACCAAAAUAUUUACUGCCCGAAGAAGAGUUUGAUAAACUGAACUACAAGAACUCGUUGGUCAAACAAUUAAUGGCGUGCGAGACUGUUGAAGAGAUGUACGCAUUAGCUGAUAACAUUAUAGGAGCCCUCAAGACUUUGGACGAAACCACGAAAGCACCAGAAGAUAACAUAUCAGACGUCCUCAACAACACUCCAUAAAAUUAAUUAAAUUCAACUUAACAUUUUGUUUCAUUUAGUAUUAAGCUUAAAGCGCAACAUUUAGCAUCAACAUAAUUUCAUUGCCAUUUUUUAUAAAAAUAAAAAUGAUUUUACACAUAA